AGAUUUCUGAAAACCCUAGCUUCCCUUCCUUUACAAAUCUCCUCCUCAUAUAAGUUCCUCAUUCCGUCAUCCAUCGCAAAUUCCUGUCCAACGCCUCACAUUUCCUUCCUCUUUCUUCCCAUUUACCUGAAAAUGGCGGAGCGCGGCGGAUUUGGACGAGGAUUUGGCGGCAGAGGCCGUGGCGGAGGUGACCGCGGACGUGGAGGUCGCCGCCGAGCCGGUCGACGAGACGAAGAAGAGAAAUGGGUUCCAGUCACUAAGCUAGGGCGCCUCGUGAAAGAGGGAAAGAUCCAAUCUUUGGAGCAGAUCUAUCUCCAUUCUCUCCCCAUUAAGGAACAUCAGAUCGUUGAUACCCUUAUUGGUCCUAGCCUCAAGGACGAGGUUAUGAAGAUUAUGCCAGUCCAGAAGCAGACUCGUGCCGGACAGAGGACCCGUUUCAAGGCGUUCGUCGUCGUCGGCGAUGGUAAUGGCCAUGUGGGUUUGGGAGUCAAGUGUAGUAAAGAAGUUGCUACAGCGAUUCGUGGUUCGAUUAUUUUGGCUAAGUUGUCUGUGAUUCCCGUGAGAAGAGGGUAUUGGGGUAACAAGAUUGGUAAGCCCCAUACGGUGCCGUGUAAAGUUACUGGAAAAUGUGGGUCCGUUACCGUCCGGAUGGUUCCGGCGCCGCGAGGUGCUGGGAUUGUGGCGGCUAGAGUGCCCAAGAAGGUCUUGCAGUUCGCUGGGAUUGAGGAUGUGUUUACAUCUUCUAGAGGAUCGACCAAAACUCUCGGAAACUUUGUUAAGGCAACAUUUGACUGUCUUCUGAGAACAUACGGCUUCUUAACACCUGAAUUUUGGAGGGAGACACGCUUCACAAAAUCCCCAUUCCAAGAACACACAGAUUUGUUGGCGAAACCCACAGUGAAGGCAUUGUUGUUGGAAGAUCCUGACAGGGUUACUGCUUGAACUUGGUUAAUAUCUUCUUCCUUCUCUUCUUUCAAUUAUGGGAAUAUGUUGAUGGUUUCUUGUAUGAAAAAGGUCCCAUAUCAUUUGUUCUCUGGUUGAGUUGUGUUACUUCAAAGAACAAUAGUUUUGUUUUACCUUUUAUUUUUCACAAAUUUUGAAUUUUGACUGUAAUUUAUUUACCACCUUUUGAUGGCGAAUAGAUUUUUUUUUUUACUUGUUAUUACUGUCUUCGCAGGAAUUUCAUUUUUUUGCCCACAUAUGGUUUUGUGAGUUUUGGUUGCCAA